AUUUCAUUUUAAUAAUUUGUACAAAAUUUUGUACAAGUACAUCACAAUUCUAUCGAUCACAUAAAUAUCAUAUGACAUCACGUUUAGAUGACGAUAGUUAUGAAAUCAAAAGUUCAACACUAUCGACACCACUUGUAAUAACGACAAUAAAUGCUUUAAAAAAUCAUAAAUUUCGACAUUCAAAUCGAUACUCAAAAUUCGAUAAUUUAAUACAUCGUAUGAAGAAUUUUGAUUUAACGCGAACGACAACAACAACGACAGUUCCUACGCCUGUUAUAACGACGGAACGUAGUAGGAAUUUAUUUUCAAAUUAUCAUCAUUGGGGUAAUAAGUAUGCUGCAGUGAAUAAAAAUAGUGGUGGUAAAAAAUCAUUUGAUAGUUAUGAUGGUAAAAAGUUUAAUAAUAAAAAACAUAAAUAUUUAAGUUCGAAGAGUUCUAUGACAGCGUUAGGUGGUGCUAGUUUUGAUGAGUAUGAUGAUAACAUUGAUGAUGAUUCUGAAAUGGAAAGUGAACCUAAUGAAUAUGAUAUAAUGGAUUCUUACGACGAUGAUUAUGAUGACGAUGAUGAAGAUUCGGAUAAUGAUGACAAAGACACUCCCGAAUUUAAUUGGCAGGCAGAGGAUUCAAAUCGUGAUAAUGCCAAUAGUUUCCAUAGUUCGUAUACAUUAGAAAAAUGGGAUCGUUAUGGUACCGCUCAAAAAGUUGCACAAACAAGAGACAAUCAUUUUAAAAAAGGUGGCAGUUACAUACAAUUGCGGAAUGAAGCCGAUAUGCAUUUAUUACGUAUGAAUAAUGAAGGUGCAUGUAAAAUACCCCGACCACGUGUUAUUUCAGUACAAACAAUACAUCCAGAUUCAUCUCGAACGUAUUUACCAUCUUGUACAAUAUUACAUCGAUGUGCAGAUGAUACCGGAUGUUGUGUUGGUCAUGGGACAUGUACUGCCAAAAAAGAAGAAAUUGUUAAGUUAUACUUCCAUAUCAUUGAUUUUACGGGAAACAAAACCAUUGAAUUAUUAAAAUUUGACAACCAUACGGAAUGUGAAUGUAAAUCACCAAAGUAUGAUUCAAUGGAAGCAUCGGAUGCUGAAGGAAUUUCACGACGCGAUAUACCAGAGGAUUAUGAAGAUGAUACCGAUCCUCUACAAUUAUUACAAAAGUGUAAAUGUCCAUCAGAUUACACUGCAGAAAUAAAUAACAACGUUAAUUGUCAAUGUGUAUGUAAAUCGGAUAAAUGUAAUCAAAGAAAUGUGGGCAAAGAGCAUUUUAGUUAUAAGGAUCGAACGUGUAUACAAUUACAAGAAUGUGAACGACCAUUUUGUUUACAUGGCCCAUAUAAAUCUGCAUUUGGUUUAUGUCCGAAAAAAGAAGACAAAAUAAGACUGUACAGUGAUAUAAAUAAUCGUACAACUCAUUCACAUAGGAAGCGUAAUAAAUAUUAAUUAAUAGGAAAUAAAUAAUUGUAUUCAUUGUAACUAAAUAAAUAAACCCAACAUGAA